UAGGGUAGAGGGAGUGUGAGGAAGACAGGGAGAGGGAGAGCGUGAGCGAAGGGAACGGGAACUGUAAGCCAGUCACAGUAUCUCCUUCCCACUGCACCAGCGGUGAUGGACAGCUCCUCUCUUCGCCGCUCUUCAAAAGGUUCCUAUUUAUUUUCAGUAGCUUUAGCUUUUGUCUUCUGUACUUUAUUUUUGUCUGUUCAGGUAUUUAUUUGUCGUAAGCUCAGUUCGACUGGGGAAAUGAGAGGAGAGAGAGUCAGAGGACAGCACUGAAACUGGGACUGUCUCUGUACUGGUGGAGUGGUUUCUCUUCUUUUUGUGCCUGGGUAUUUGCUACGAGGUGCAGACGUAUUGGGUGAAAGAAAGAGUCGAAAGGCCAGAAAGCCACGCCUCCCCUAAACAAAAAGCUCAUUUGAAUGGACAUGUAUAAGUAAUAUUAUCAUUAGUGGAAACGAGGGGAGGCUGAUGUAAAGCGCUUUCACCCGUAGCUAUUUGGGGAAUGUCACUGGCAAAACAGAACCAAAAACAAGUUGAAGGGAUAAAGAAGUGGAAUGCAGAUCCCCCACCCAUCGCAGAGUGCAUCCUGAAGAGGAUUUCUAAGGCGCCACAGUCAGAGGAGCUGAGACACUCAGAUGGCCUCUACCGGCUCUAGUACCCAAGAUUGGGAUUGUGUGUAAGACUGUUGGCAACUCCAAAAUUCUUUGCCUCAAUCUUCUUUACAACCAGCUUUUGCCUCUCACAACCUUGAGGACGAAAGUUUCAUAAAAGUGUGUGGAUUGGGAUUUUAGAGAUCAAAGCUUGAUUUGUGGCUCCAGCGUGCGCGCGCGCUCGCGCACACACAACAGAAUACAGAUUUAGCUGCGCCUCGUUUAGCCUCUCUCUGACUGGAGAGCAUUGUAAACAUAAUUCCCCCAGUUCUCUGUGGAACGAGACAUUAACACCCGCCGAGAGCCCAGUGUUUUUCUAGCGUGUCUGUGUUUUGAUUCGGACAAUAGCUGAGCAUACAUGGGGUCAAGACUCGCUACUCCAAAAUAAGAGGAUGCAUACAACAGGACUGAAAACUAACUGCUGCACUCCAGACUUUAGAAAGGACUUUAUUGGAGGUAGAAACCAAACACACUGGCUAAUGUGGAUGUAAAUACUCCUAUGACUUAUGGAUUUUCUCAUCUGCUCUUUAUCUGAUGCUGAACAAGCUAUUUGAAAGCCUAAAUGACAUUCUUGUUCUAACAGUAAAUGUUUUAACACUUUUUUUUCUCUUAUCGAUAGUCUCAAGAUAGGAGUCACAUGCUCCUUGUCUUAUUUAAUCAGCAGUAGGAUCUGCACCGUGUCUGCCUGCAUGCUUCUUUCCCACAUGUCAACUACCCUGCACCUCCUGCGCUUUUUGCCCUUGUGAGGACAGCCCCUGCCCUCAUCCCCUAGCCGCCCAGAGGCAGGAGAUGUGGCCAGGGACUGUCAGAGACCGCAGUGGGGAUCCCUGCCGCCGGGAUAGAUGCUUGGUGUAACAUUGGCCGACCUUUUUCUGUUUGUGGAGGCAAUAUAUAUUUUUCUUUCUUCAACAAUAACCCCACUGGCUCUAAGCAUGACUGAUCAGAAAAGGAGAGCCAAGCUGGUACUCUUGUUUUCCUGUGGGCUGUAUUGAUUUUCGUCAGUCAGUGUUCAUUUGAUUGAGACCCAACUAUGUGAGAGCAAAAGUGAAAGAGAGCGCGGAUAAAGCUCUGUUUGCUGUGGGAGGCUACAGACAGGCAGCAGGGGCGGACUGGUCUCCAGUUACAGGCCAUCUGCAUCGCAGGUGGCACAGCACAAACCUGACCCACCAGGACCGCGCCCACAACAAUGAAUCAGUCAGCGCUGACAACAGACCUGGUACCCACUGCCAACAGCAGCCUUGUGGGCCCGGAUCCCAACCACUCUUGCCCCCUUGGCUGGGGCCAGAAUGAGGGCCUGGAGGCCUGCGUCUUGGAGACUGCCGUCAUCGUGCUGCUGACAGUGCUCAUCAUCGCUGGAAACCUGACGGUGAUCUUCGUGUUCCACUGCGCCCCGCUGCUGCACCACUACACUACCAGCUAUUUCAUCCAGACCAUGGCCUAUGCUGACCUGCUGGUGGGCCUCAGCUGCCUGGUGCCCACCCUGUCCCUGCUGCACUACCCGGCCGGCGUCCAGGAGCCCAUCACCUGCCAGGUCUUCAGCUACGUCAUCUCGGUACUCAAGAGUGUCUCCAUGGCCUGCUUGGCCUGUAUCAGCGUGGACCGUUACCUGGCCAUCACCAAACCCCUGUCCUACAACCAGCUGGUGACGCCGUGCCGGCUCCGUGGCUGCAUCGCUCUCAUAUGGGUCUACUCCUGCCUGAUGUUCCUGCCCUCCUUCUUUGGCUGGGGCAAGCCGGGCUACCACGGAGACAUCUUUGAGUGGUGCGCCCACUCCUGGCCCACCUCGGCGCUCUUCACAGGCUUUGUGGUGUGCCUGCUAUACGCGCCCGCUGCUCUGGUUGUCUGCUUCACCUACUUUCACAUCUUCCGCAUCUGCCAGCAGCACAACCGGGAGAUCAGUGAGAGGCGAGCACGCUUCCCCAGCCAGGAGAUGGAGGCCGGGGAGGGUGGUGGCAGUGGUAGCGGCGGGGGGCACCACACGGGUCACGGGCCUGACCGGCGCUACGCCAUGGUGCUCUUCCGCAUCACCAGCGUCUUCUACAUACUCUGGCUGCCCUACAUCAUCUAUUUUCUUUUGGAGAGCUCACACGUGCUGGACAGCCCCGCCCUGUCCUUUGUAACCACCUGGCUGGCCAUCAGCAACAGCUUCUGCAACUGCGUCAUCUACAGCCUGUCCAACAGUGUGUUCCGCCUGGGCAUGCGCCGCCUCUCGCAGACACUCUGCUCCUUCAGCCACUGUGUAGCCGACGACAGGGACUUUGGAGAACCCAAACCCAGGAAGAGGCCAAAGUCCUGCUCCAUCUGAGGACUUGCAGGCUAUUGUUAAAGAAGCCACACUUUUGGUUACACAAGGUUACAUCUUUACAAAGCUGCUGACUAUUCAAUUGACAGGGCUGUCCCAAAGAAAAAUACUUUAGGCUCUGACGGUUUGUUUGAAGAAUACCAAUUACUUUGCUGUAGUCAUGCCAAGUCAUGAUUUAUGGGCAAAAAUGUGAUUGCUGAGAGAAGCUAGAUUUUUGUAAAGGUUUAGUUUCUGAACUAAGUGGAUGAGAGAUUGGUACUACAUUUUGACUUUAGACCUGCGAAGUGGGGUAUAGCUGGUAAAUCAAAUCAAAAUGUAUUGGUCGCUUACACAGUUUAGCAGGUGGUAUAGCAGGUGCAGUUAAAUGCAUGUUACUAGCUCCUAACAGUGAAGUAAAAUAUCAAACAAGUACAAACAAAACCAAAAAAACAAAUGUCAGAACGAAUCAAAUUAAAUCCAAUAUCAGUAAUCCAUAUGCUGUACAUGUAC